AUGCCACCAAAACUAUUGACAUCACACUCCCCUGUGCCUUACUUUCCUAGGGUCCCACAAAUUCCAGUUGAGGUGAUUGAACGCAUCAUUCAAGAAUUCAUAUCCUCGAGACCUGUCAUUGGCCCCGACCGCACUAAUUGCACUGACGUACUAUCAUUGCAUCAUUCAUGCAUCACUCGAUUGCUCGACUUACGCUUGGUUGCUAGAUCAUGGGACAUUGCCAUUCUUCCCGUUGUUUUUGACAGACUCCGCUUGACUCGUAAUGAGAUGACUCACAGCCUUACACGUACUUGGAACGAGUUUUACAUCACUCCUGGCCUGCCUCGAUUACGACACCUCUAUUUGGACGGAUUGUACCAUUCACAACCUCCCUCGCAAUCUCCCACCAACGAGACGACAACAAACCUGCCUCCAUCACAUGUAUUUUCUAUCUCGCCAGAGAAUGCGGCCUCAAUCAUAUCGCUGUGCCGCAGAACCUUGAUCCAAUUGAAAUUACGCUUCACAGGACACGUUGGGUUUGUUCCGGUGUUGCGGAGCGCUCUCCAGCUUGCAACUGGUCUCCGCGCGCUGCAGAUUGAAAGUUCGGCUUGCCGAGGUACUAUGCACGAUUUGCAAACGAUCAAGCUCGCGCUUGAAACUACGUCCUUGCUCAAAUCCUUAUCCCUCAAACUUUCACCAUUACCGUCAAUGAAUUUGAACCACGAUUCUCUGCCCCAUUUACGACAUUUUUGGCUAGACUGCGACCUUGGCAAUAUUGACGUUGGAAUUGAUAUUUUCCGUUCAAGUGUUAGACGAAUCAGUUGCCUCGAACUGUUUACCCAUGGAGAGUGUGACGCUGCCGGGCUCAUCACCUUAGAACUUAAGGCAUCGCUCAAAGUUCUCUUCAUAAUUUCCAUCCCUGACCGGGUCCCGGCGGCACUUCAAAGCACGACUUUUCCCAAACUUCGGGUAUUGCGUAGUGAAUAUUGUCACCCAAUCCAUUGGGAUCUUGCCUGGCUAGAAUGGCCACUGUUACGAACGAUCGAGGUUUUCGUCACGAGUUACUGGCACGGCAGUGUUUACUGGCGCAGUAUCUUAUCUUUAACAACGCUUCCGAUUUACAAAUGGCCUCAAAAGCUUAAGCACAUCAUUUGUGUAAUACCCGAAAACACGACCAUGUACGAUCUUGAUUUGGUGGCAAUGUUUGAAAAAGUGAAAGUCCAAUGCCAUUUCAUAGUUCAGCCUACAGAGACAGAUUUACAGCGGACUUGUUGCAAGAUUGAAGACGAGUCGCACUGCACGCGGCUUAUUGUAGGUGCAAACGCAAAGGUUGUCAUUAUUGAUGUUGAUAUUGAAGUCAUGCUUAGUGUCUCCGGCUCUGCAAAGGCUCAAAUCCAUUCCAAUGCCGAACGUGCUAAAGCUAUGAUAAAAAAUUCAACAAGUUUUCUUCCGGAUAUAACAUCAUACCAAUCAUCAAAAUCCAAAGCAUACGAGCGGCACACGGUUGCCUCAGCUAAGCUUAAUCAUUUCACCAAAUGCAACACCGGCUUGGCCUAUAAAUACCAUCCCUCCUCAAAGCCAAAGCCCGAGACCAGGCCCCAAUUACUGAGUAUAACGGUCGUCACAGUGUUCGUACCAAAGCCGGUAAACGCACCAUUCAAGAGCCCAGUUGCUCCAGCUGUGCCUACGGCCGUUACAGGAGCGCCACCUGCCGAUUUUCCACAAGCUCCGCCAUCGCCCAGCGGCAGUGACUACGUUGGCCCACCUGCAACAAGCACGGGAAGCAAAAAGAGGCCUAACACAGCUGCAACCAAGCCGAGGGCUCAAGCACGCCCUCCGCGAAGGACUUCGAGCAGUUCCACCCUCGACUUGACUACUCAAGAAUAA